AAUCCCCUCUUUUUUCAUUAUCCAAGCUUGCUGACAGACUUCAGUUUUUUAUGCGUUUGGAAGAUGAGAGAAUGAAUACGCAUUCAAUAUAUAUUUUUAGGCAGAUUUUGCAUAAUAAAUGGCAAAAUGGGUAAUGUUACAGUUUUUAUUCUGUUUAUAUUUGUUGUUAUCGGUUGUAUAAUCUAUAUUCUGUGUAAAUCUUGUGACACAUCUGGAGAAGAUUCGGAUGAUUCUGAGGAGCCAAUUCAUCGCUCGAACCUUAUUAUUACAUCCUCUGGUCACAUCCCUCUCAGGGAGACUGGCGCCGAGAACCUACAACCAAGAGGACCUCCUCCUAUAGGUUUCACAGCUGCAGUGCGUGGUUCAGCGAAUAUUCCCGACGAUGAGGAGAACCCAAGGCCUACUCCAGUAUUUAAUGCAACUGCACCUCCGGAAUCUCCAUCUUCGCCGGACGACAUGAGCCCACCCUCUUAUGAAGCAGUUAUGCGAAACGAAGCUCUUUACAAGUUUCCGGAUAAAUCGCCUAAUCCGCCAAUGAAAUAGUCGAAUUUAUUACCAAUAUUUUACUUCAUUCAUAAAAUAUUACACACGCAUAGCUUAAAAACUAUGCUGAAAACUACCUCAUUUCGAUACAAAAGCCAACAGAAAACAUACAACCAUAUUUUCAAAUACAAUUCUUGUAUAUAUUUAUGAUGUUCAUAUUAAAAAAUAUAAUAUUAUACCUUUACUAUAUAUUU